AUGGCGACCACAACAACGUCGGCGGGCGCAAUUACGCCGGCACCACCACCGACUCUCAGAUCCAAGUCAACCAUUUCCACCAAUGGUACCGUCCAGAUCAAGUCGUUCCGACAAAGCAACCGACCCAGGCCACACAGCAAGUCCACAUCUGCGGUGCUGCCAUUAGCCCUGACUGGCGGCAAAGGAGGCUUGGACGAAGAUGCCGAGGACGAAGAGCCCGAGGUCAUCAACUUUGACAGUGAUGGCGACCUCCACCUCAUCGUCGGCGGCAGCAAAGUGAGCCCGCAACGCUUCGUCGUCUGCUCGCGUACUCUGGCACGGGCGAGCCCCGUCUUCAAAACGAUGCUGUUUGGCGCCUUCAGCGAGUCGAGGCCAUGCUGCUCAAGGAAUGGUAGCAGCAGUAGCGGGAGCAGCGCCUCCGGUCGGAGUUUCCUCACUACCAGGUCGGGAGACGGUGCCAGCCCGGUCGGUGGUGCAUUCGAGGAAGGAUCAGCCCCGGCCGGGAGCCCAGACGACGACGAUGCGUGGACGAUCGAGCUUCCCGACGACGACCCAAAGGCCUUUAGGACGCUCAUGGGUAUCAUCCACAGCAGCUUUAAUUACGUCCCAGAUACGGUCGAGGUUGUCGAGCUGUUCCAGAUCGCCAUCUUGACGGACAAGUACGAUAUGACGCAUCUGCUACGGCCGUGGUCGGAACAGUGGUGCGCGCGGCAGCGGACGCGGCGACACCCGUACAGGCUCUGGAUUGCGUGGGUGUUGGGCGACGAUCUCAUGUUUGAGUCAGAAGCAAAGAGACUUGCUCUGGGGUGUCCGGUCAACAAAUGCGGACAGCUCCUGGUCAGAUGCACAAACGGCAACUUUCAGCCCUUGGAGUCCUUUGACUACCUCAGACUCCCAGACAUUUUGGAAUCCAUCGCAGCGGUGCGCUUCGAAGCCGCCGAAAAGAUACUGCAGAAGCUAUCGGCGGUGCACCGCAACCUGGCGACCGCCAAUGGGCGACACUGCAGGGAGCCCAGCGCGGCGGCGCGGCAGGAGUGCCGGCUCGACUGCGAGAACGCGCUGCUCGGCUCCACCAUCAAAGCGCUCGACGCCAACGGGCUGUGGCCGCUGCCGCAGGCGCCGGCGCUGACCUACAGCCUGGACACGCUGGUGCAAAAGGUGGCGGCGACGGCGCACAUGAUCCGUCCCCUCAGCUCCCGUGACAACAGGAGCGGCGGCGGCGGGUCCGGCAUUCGCCACGUCGAGUGCAACCCUGCGGUGGAGCUCGAGGAGUACGCCAGGAAGGUUUUGGCCAGCGCCCCGAGCCCCGUCCAGCACAUGCACCUGGCUCACAUGGAGAACCAGGCAAAGAAAUCGGGUCUGUGGUUUGAAGAGAAGGAGCAGUGA